UUUUUAGUUUGUUUUUUAAUAAUGGCACAACCUGACAAUAACCUAAUGAAUAUGAGUAUGACGCGGAGCAUUUAUAUUGGAAUAGAUAAAACUGCAGAAGUUCUCAAACGGAAGGAAGCAGCUGAAAAGGAGUUGUUGGCUCGACGUGAGGCAAAAAUGAAGGAACAAGCCGAACGUAUUGAGCGCGCCAGAAGUCAGAAGGAAACCGAGCUUCGUGAGCGAAUUCGUGAACGUCAGCAGAGGGAGAUGGAGAGGCAAAAGGCUGCAUUGGACCGUCGCUGUGCUCAGUUGGACAAAUUGAAUGCUAAAAAAGAGGAAAUUUUACAAAAGAACCAUCAGAAAGCUUCACGCGUGGCAGCCAAUCGACAACAAAACAAACCUGUAUUUGCUUUUGGCAGUUCGACACCGCGUGAAUUGUGUUUUUUGGAGAAGGGUGGUCAACAGAAACGAUCAAAUCAAGCCUUAUCUACGAAUUCGAGAGGAUCUGCUUCUCCACAGCAGAACUUACGCAGUGAGCCACCAACUGCUCGUGUUCCUUCUCGAUUUACAACUUCUCAUUACCGAGGCGAAAAACCUAUUCCGUCAUCGAAUACUAUGACUCGUAGUGUUUUUGGCUCUCUUACUAGCUCUACUUCUGCUAAUAAUAAUAAACAAGCAACAUCUUCACGACGUAAGCCUUCAGCGGUCAAGAAGCAAACAAGAUCGCCACUUAGUUCAACCACAAGCACUAGAAGUGCUCCGCAACCUUUGAUGACUCAAUCACUUUAUUCAUCGAAACCUUUGCAAAAUGGGUCUCCAAAAUCUGCACCUUCUAAAGCAAAAACUCCUGAAGUUUCGAAAAAUAACACUGAUAUUGAUCCGCGUCAGCAACGUCGACCAGUCAUGCGCCGUAAGGUUGAAGACAAAGCGAAGGUUUUGAAAAGUCCAGUUGCUGGCACCUCUGCGACUAUAUCAACACAUUUUCAACAGCCAACAAUUGAUUUCAAUAUGACUAUGGAAAAAACUUUUGAAGAAGAUAUUGCUGUCCAAAAACAUAACGCUGUUCCUGCUUUUGAACCUGAUCAAUUGCCAAAGGAUAAUCUGGAUCUUGGAGUUGAUAAAAUGGUUAGAUUUUCUUUUCUUAUAUACAAUCUCUUUCACUCUUAA